CGGCCACCUGACCCUUUCCCGCCCGGCCGCCUCUGCACUCGCCGCGACGGCGCCACAGCACCGCCAGCCGCGUGCCCGCCCGAUUCUCAACCCCGACGCAGCCUCCACGGAGCCAUCUCGAUCCUGAGUUGCCCAGCCGUCCAGCGCCGCCGCUGGAACCGGCCCGCGCCUAUUCUCCGCGCCACCGCCGCUCCCAAUCCGAGACCGGGAGGCGGCGGCGGCCUUGAGGAGCUUUCAGCCGCCGCCCGCCCGCCGCCAUCAUGCUGCGGCAUCUCCAGCGAUCCCUCCGCGCCAUUCACUGCCUACCCGCCACCGGCCACGCUGCCUGCUACCCCGUCCCCCUCCACCGGUUCUGGGAUUCACAUAUAGAGCCCGUAUCUGGUUCGUGUAACAAGCAUGCUAUCAGAGAUUUCUCUACUUCCAAAAGAGUUACAAGAGACUCAAUAUAUCAGCAGAAUGAGUUAGAACCAACUACGCCUGUGAAGGGUACUGACGUAAUAAUUGAUCGCAUACGAAAGAGCACAGGAAAAUUGGAGGAAGGCCCUGUUGGAAAAAAUCUGUCUUCAGCGGAGAAAAGGAAAUUUCUUGUCAACACUCUUCUUAGCCUCGAAGAUUCAAGAGAAGCUGUUUAUGGCACCCUUGAUGCCUGGGUUGCCUUUGAGCAGGAUUUUCCUUUGGCUUCACUGAAGCAAGCGCUUUCAGUUCUUGAGAAGGAGGAACAAUGGCAUAGAAUUGUCCAGGUGGUCAAGUGGAUGCUGAGCAAAGGGCAAGGAAAUACAAUGAGAACAUAUGAGCUAUUAGUGUGUGCACUUGAGAAGGAUAACAGAGCUGAGGAAGCACACAGAAUCUGGCAGAAGAAAAUAGGCCAUGAUCUGCAUUCGGUUCCUUGGCGUUUCUGCCGACUUAUGUUGGCUAUCUACUACCGAAACAAUAGACUAGACAGGCUCAUGAAGCUCUUUAAAGAACUAGAAGCCUGUGGUCGUAAACCUCCAAGCAAAGAUAUUAUACGGAAAGUUGAAGAUGCAUACGAAAUGCUUGGAUUACUAGAAGAGAAAAAGGUGUUGCUUGAUAAAUACAAGGAUUUAUACAACAAGCCAUCUCGAAAUGAUCGAAAGAAAAGCUCCAAAUCCAAAAAGAUUGAGACUGAUAAAACAUCUGCUGAUGGCAGUAAGGAAAGCAAUAUGGAAACAUCUGAAAAUCUUGAAGAUCACUGUUCCUCUUCAGUUGAGAAAUCAGAUGCCUCUGCUGAGUCAUGAUAAGAGAUUCAUCACUGAUCCACUGAUGUGGCCAUAAGAUUUGACCGAAACAUGUUGAUGGCAGCAUUAGCGAUCUUCAUGCUCUCAGAACACGUUUGCUUCUAGUAGAUGUCUAGCCGAAGGAGCAAAUAGUGUGUGCUCCCCUAAUUAGAAACAUGUUUAUUUUUUUUUCUGAUGAGUUGUUUAUAGUUGACACUACUCUGAUAUUUCUUUUUUCUUGGCUUGGUUAGGCCAAACAUAUCUAUCCACUGUCAUGAAUUCAUAUUUUUUUUAUAGACAUGGUACAAGGGCAUUUGUAUUUUCACUGAAAAUAUUGGGAGAUCCUAAACGAGUGUUUGGCAUAA